GCCCGCUCCGUUCCCCUCCAAUCUGCACCUCCUCGCUCUCAAUCACGACGUCCUCCGUGCAAUCAUCGACUCCUGCCCUGUCGACGAUGCCCUCCAGCUCGCCCUGACAUGCAAGGCUGCCUAUGGCUUUGCUAUGCCCCACAUCGUCUCAGACGUUUCCAUCGGUGACCCCGGUGUCGACGACGGCCCCGACCGUCUGACGAAAUUCUGCCAGUUCAUGCUCAACAAGCCAGAGUUCGCCAAGGCCCUUCGCGCACUGCGUCUCCUCGACGGCGCGUUCGCCCGCCCGGCUAGUUCUGGGGGACGGUCUGGGUGGGGCGCAGACUUCUCUCCCGCUGGCCUUCUCACCAAAGUCCUGUCCACCGCGGUGAACCUCCGUGUCCUCCACAUACGCGACGCGGAGCCCCUCUUCCAGUCGCAUCCGGCCGUCUACGAGGCCGUCACGAAGCUCGACAGACUGAAGGUGCUCUCGCUGUACUACAUCGGCAACACCUGCCUCAAGGCCAUCUCGCAGCUCCAGGGCAAGCUGCAGGUCAUCGAAAACGGUUUGUGGAAGGACGGGCCGCGGCCACAGGGCGACGUGACGCCGUUCGGACGGUACGUCGACUCGCUGCGGCACAUCCGGCUCUGGGAGUGCGGCUGCAUGCUCGAGAGCGUCAUCGACCGACACGUCUGGCCGGACGUGCACACGCUCGACAUCGGCGGCCGCAUCGCGAAGAUAUCCGAGCUCGCCCGCGCGUUCCCCAACCUCCGCCGCCUCACGUUCCACAUGGAGUUCUCCGUCAAGCAGGAGACCCGGUGGUCUGCUGGCCGGAGCUAGACUAUCUCGAGACGAGCGCCCCUAUCCCGCUGUUCCCCUCGCGCGUGCGGCGGCUGCAGCUACAGUACCCGAUUGGCGCGAGGUCAGGGUCCCAGAACGACCUGAAGACGCUCCCGCUCAUGGAGAAGGCGAACCCGGUCGUGCUCUCCGUCACGCUCUCGCACACGGUCUCGGAGGUCUUCCUGGGGCGGAUGAAGAGCUCCAUGCCGUCGCUGCGGUAUAUGGAGAUGGUCGUCAACGACGGGGCGUGCGGCCGCGCCAGCAUGCAAUGGCAGACGUUCGAAGACUGGGUCGUGCGUGUUCUAGCUCGUUCUGACCCCCUCGCUUGCGGAGAGCUCACCUCACGUUCCGUAAAGGUGCGAAACCUUGAAAUCAUGCGGCAAACCUCGCUGGUGGGCCUCUGCAUCUCGUACACGGGCGCAGGGUCCACGUCCACGAUUUCGGUCCAGCACCGAAAUCGCAUUAUUCAUAUAGCGCGCCUGCUCACACGGACCAUCAGCACCUUGCAAUAUAUCGGCGUGGGGUACCACGAUGGGAAUUUGGGAAUGUACGCGUCCGAUUGCCUUUGGUUCAGGGCUACCGGGCGAGACGCGGAGGCGUCGACGCCCGCUACGCUGCAGCAGCUGUCGAGCGCGGACGGAGAGCGGCGCAGGGAGAUCCUUCUGAGCACCCAGAGGGACGAGGAUCAUCGAUGGUCUUCUUGUAUCUGAAUGCUCGUAUGAUUGUUUUGCCCUCGGAUCUCCCGCUGGCCUUCUCGUCCGCUGCCAAGUUGUCUCUUGCCGCCCUUGCCCUGGCGUGUCGUGUUCGGUCAUGACAGAACGUCCUGUUGUUCCGUUUCGCGUCAGUCGUGAAAUUGUAGCUAUGUGUCAUCUGCUGCCUCCCGUCGUGCUCGUCUGCCCAGCCCCACCGGAUACCACCACUGUGUGUCAUUUGUGCUUUCCCUGUGUAUACGUCUUGCCACGACCCGCUUACUGUACCUGUAACAUACUCCCUUAGCCUCGAAUCCCCACUUCGCCGCCUACUUAUUGGAAGCCUACCGUCACCCCCUCAGUAACGCCCAGGAUGUGAACCCGCUGAUUUUGCCAUGCGUAGUAUGUACCAUAUCGUCGGUUUGGUUCUCUCAGGGUCUCUCUCCCUCCCCCCGCGCGCCUUCUGGCUCUGGCUCUUAUCUCUUCGCC